CUAAGGGGGAGGAGUGAGGGGCGGGUCGUCAAGUUCGGUUGCGGUAGCUGAAACCGGUAACCGAGCAGUCUCGCGCACGUUGUGAAGCCGCUCGAGGUGAUUCAGAGAAAUCACUUGAUUCUGAAAUCAGCGAUUUUUUUUUUUGAUCGUUGACCCGCAGAGAUUUCCAGUUGACCAAAGAAAUGGUGAUGGAGAAGCCAAGUGCCCAGCUGGUCGGGCGAGAGUUUGUCCGACAGUAUUACACACUCCUGAACCAGGCCCCCGACUACCUGCACAGGUUCUACGGAAAGAACUCGUCCUACGUGCACGGCGGCCUGGACAACAACGGCAAACCAGUCGAGGCUGUUUAUGGACAGUCUGAGAUCCAUAAGAGGGUGAUGGCCCUGAGUUUCCGUGACUGUCACACCAAGAUCAGGCACGUGGACGCCCACGCCACCCUGAACGAGGGCGUGGUGGUGCAGGUGAUGGGCGAGCUGUCCAACAACAUGCAGCCCAUGAGGAAGUUCAUGCAGACCUUCGUGCUGGCGCCCGAGGGUACCGUCGCAAACAAAUUCUACGUCCACAACGACGUGUUUCGUUACCAGGAUGAGGUGUUCGGUGACUCUGACUCGGAGCCUCCAGAAGAGUCCGAGGAUGAGGUGGAGGAGCUCGAGGAGAGGGUCACCUCCCCUGACGUGGCUGCUGAGGAGUCCGCUCCCUUCUACGACCCGGUGGCCUGUUCAGAGCCGACGGUUCCCGGUGACGAUGAGGAAGUUGCAGCGAGUCCAGAACCAGAGCCGGAGGUCGACAAGGAGGUGGAGGCUGCAGUCGUGGAGCUGAAGCAGGAGACGAUGCUGGAGACGCAAGCAGACACACACACAGCCGACGACCAGACAGAGAAAAGCCCCACCGCCGCCCCACCCACCGCAGAACCCACCGCCCCGUCCACCGCAGAACCCGCCCCCAGCGCUCCAGAAGAAAACAGGCCGUUCUCCUGGGCGUCAGUCACCAGUAAGAACCUCCCUCCCAGCGGGGCUGUCCCAGUCUCAGGAAUCCCCCCACACGUCGUCAAAGUCACCCCCACAGCACCGCCCAGAGUGGAGGUGAAGCCCGAGUCCCAGACAACAACACAGAGGCCACAGAGAGACCAGAGGCCGAGGGAACAGAGGCCUGGAGGUCCUCCGCCGGUACACAGAGGACCCAGACCAGUUCGAGAGGGCGAGCAGGGAGAGUCGGAGGGUCGCAGGGUGGUCAGGUACCCCGACGCUCAGCAGCUCUUCGUGGGCAACGUCCCUCACGAUGUGGACAAGACGGAGCUCAAGGAGUUCUUUGAACAGUAUGGGACAGUCCUGGAGCUGAGGAUCAACAGCGGCGGGAAGCUACCAAACUUUGGUUUCGUGGUGUUUGACGACUCUGAACCCGUACAGAAGAUCCUCAGCAACAGGCCCAUCAAGUUCCGAGGAGACGUCCGCCUGAACGUGGAGGAGAAGAAGACCCGGUCGGCCAGGGAGGGCGACAGGCGGGACAUGAGGCCACGGGGUCCGGGAGGUCCCGGCGGUCCCAGGGAGCGAAUAGGAGGCGGCGGAGGCGGACCCCGAGGUCCCCCCACCCGCGGAGGCAUGGCACAGAAACCCAGCUUUGGCUCCGGGCGUGGCGCCGGGCCCAGCGAAGGCCGCUACUCCGCCCAGCGCCAGUGAGGCAGGGGGCGGGCCCACGGCGCUCCAAACCUGAGUUAGAUUACUAUUCGGAUUCAACGUCUGAGUGAUUUUUGAUUUACCGCAGCAGGAACCAAUUGGACAAACCCAAAAAUGUAACAAAAGACCCUUCUUCACGUAGCACGUAGGAGCAAACAAUCUGUAGGAAUGAUAAAAUUAAAGUCAGAAUCUGGGUCGCUGCACGUCCGCGGCCCGAUUCCCGACUCCUUCCUCCUCGUUCUUUCUCCAUGCGAGCGUACAAAGUGUCUGGAAGGGGUUUCUGUUAGUAACUGAUGCAGGUUUGGUCGAGAGAUUUCACCGUCGAGUCACGCCAGCUCCUGCUGAAUUCAACAUCUGUGUCUCAUGAAGAUGGCUGCCUCCUCUUCCUCCCCUCCCUCCCUUCUUUCUCACCUGCUGCUUUUCGUUUCCCUCUGAGGAAUCCAGAAUGUCACUCCUUUUUUUUUGUUCUUCCUCCAUCUCUUCUUCGUCUCCUCCUCCACCACCACCACCACAUGUAUUAUCUGGACUUUUUAUUUUUGUCAUUUUUUUUUUUGUUCUCGUUUCGUUUUUCAUGCUGAACUUGAAUUUAUUAAGAAACAAAAUCGAAACACGCAAACACAUGAAAAAAAAAAGGGUAAAUACUACUUGAAUUGGGGAUUAAAAAACCCAGAGGUUAGGUUUUUUUUCGCGUUCUCUCUCCCUGUUUCUUAAAGGAACGUGUACUUUACUGCUUGGGCAAUCCUGUGUAUUGCUGCCACCGUUGUAUCUAGCGAUGGAUCUGUCUUAUCUUUUUAUUCUAUCAGGUCAAGAGCUGAACUGUAGUGGUUUUAUUUGAGUAAUGUUGGCUUGUAAUAUGUGGAUUCACGGACGCGUCUGAAUGGAGCAUGUAUCAAAUCAUGUUAUCAAAAAUCCUGUUAGGCUUCUUCUACCGAUGCACUUCAUUUGUCAUCAUGUUUAGAAUGAACUCACCUGCCGAUGAGAGAACUAAAUUAAAAGUGAUUUACUGUU